AUGUUGAAACAUGUUUGCAAUUUUUUGAUAGAUAUGGGUUCUGCUGCCUCUCACCAAACUCGAGAUGUGACUUUCCACCCCGACGAUAUUGUAAUUAGCGAAGAUGUAAUUAAGCGAAUCAAAAAUGCUGCUACCACCGAGGAUAAUACGAAAGAUGACGUUCGUGCCCCAGAAUCGUUCAAACCGCAAUAUAGCCUAGGUUUAAAACAUGAACUAGAAGAGGCAGAAAGAAGAUACGAAAAGCUCCUGCAACUAUUAGAAAAACGUAAUGAACAACUGUUCAACGAGGCUGCAGAAGAAUAUACACGGACAGUUGAGCGUUUAGAAAACAAGUACAUGAGACCUACUCCUGGGGGGUGUUGUGCUGCAGCUGAACAAAGAGUCGAAGAUUGUUAUAAGCAGAAUCCUGGAAGAAUACUUUUGUGUUCCAAACUUGUUUCAGAGUAUGAUCGUUGUGUGCAAAAUUUCCUUGUCACUAUGUCUAGGAAAGUGUCAAAUGCUGCCUGA